AUGACAAACAGGUCGUUCUCCAGCCAGGCCGUCCAAUCCCGUGGUAAUCUAUCUGCGCUGGAAUACGCAGCAGAGCCCAUGGUGCGAGACGACAAAGACGUCGUUCUUGCUGCAGUUCGUAAGAAUGGCCUGUCUCUGCGGCAUGCAUCAGAGGCGUUACGCAGGGACAAGGAGAUCGUCCUCGCGGCAGUCAGCUCCAGACCCGAUGCUCUCAAGUAUGCCCUCGGCAACUUGAGAAGAGACAAAGACUGCCUCAUUGCCGCCGGUGUUUGGGAUGAGCACCACGGAGUCCGACAAUCAGACGCGGCCUCAAAAACUGAUUCAAUUUCCAUCGCGCUCUCCACGAGGUUCGCAUUGAAACCGCAAAGUAGAUUUCAAGCCACCGAUUUCACGUCCUUGAUCAAGAAUGAGGAUUUCAUUCGCACCGGCAACUUUGUCAUGUAUUCACCGAAUGCUUUCGACAAAGCAACAUGCGAUCCCAUGGGUGUGUACACCAACAUUUGCCACACGUGCAGAGGAACCAUGGAAACAUGCCAAUGA